AUGGGUGCUCCCACGAGUUUCUCAUCUCGUAGACCCAAUGCUUCGAACCUUCCUAACUUCGAGCUGCCUCCUCCUCAGUUGACGUCGCUGCACCAAAAGUACCACUCAUAUGCUACCACAUCCCAGCCGACUCCCUCUAUUCCCUCGAGCCUAACCAGUGUCGGCAACCUGUUGACCCCUCCAAGCGGCAUCUCGAGCGACGGUCUCAGCCCCAAUUCAACUAACAUGCCGACCGGCAGCUCACAGGCCAACCAGGCGGUACCUCCAUUCACCCCCACUGGUUACAUGUGGCCUCCUUCGCACACCGGCAUUACUCCUUACGGAUUCCAAUCACACAACAGUCCAAACCAGCGUGGCCUGUUCUCUCCAUCAAUAAACUCUAUUGUCAAGGGCAAUAACUCACCUCACUCCUCCGAGAGUCUUCCUCCUCCGAACUUCCCUGAGAAUCCUUUCCCUACCUCUAUGUCAAUGUCGGCUCCUGUCAACUUGCCGGCUCUGCCCUCUCAAUCAUCCAGCAUUGGCUCAGCAAUGAUGGGAGGUCACACUCCUGUCACUCAGCCUUCGCCGGUGAACCAACACGAUUCAUAUGCAAGACCUCCUCCUACACCCACCUACUUCAACGGAUCUCAGCACAGCCACAAUGGCCAGUCAGCAUAUGCCUACUCUUCUGGCCCUUCACCUGUCCAACAAAGUCCGAUGAGUGCAGGCGGUCAAAUCCCACGCAUGUCUCCUGCAAACGGUCAUGGAUCUAUCCCGCCACUUCAGCCACAGAAUGCGCAAACGUACACGCACCAGCGUCCAUCGUACCAAUACCCUCUACCAGGUCCGGUCUUGUCCAAUGUCGGAAACCCCAACAGCCAGCUUGCUUUGGUUGGCGGUAUGCCUCCUUCGAUGAUGCCAGCAUACAACAGCGGGCACGCUGCGCAUAUGCAGCACAUGUACGGCCACCAUCCUCAGGCUCAGCCCAAUCCACAAAACGACAGGCCUUUCAAGUGCGAUCAAUGCCCUCAGAGCUUCAAUCGUAAUCACGAUCUGAAGAGACACAAGCGCAUUCAUCUAGCAAGACACAUUCUUGUCAAAGGUUGCGGCAAAGCGCCCACCAAUUCGGGAGACGGUGAUAGAAAAGACGGUUCAAUAUCCCCGGCGAUGAAGAGCGAAAACUCGAGUCCCACCGUCUCAGCUUCCGCAUGA